GGCGAUUGAGCGCCGCGCUGCAGUGGAGCGCCCCCUGCUGUUCUUCAGGCUUCUGUUCUCCUCAGUCUCCGGGAUGCGGUGUCGGUGUCGGUGCGGUUCCCACUCUCUAUACCGCUGAAAACACAGGACUUCUAUACGUGAACAUCACAACAUCAAAGGUUAUGCAGUUUUGUGCCUGAGACAUCCACUUCACCCCACAACAAUCGGAUUGAGGUUUCCAGUGAUGAUCGGCCUGUGAGCGGUUCUCAAUGGCUCAGAGGAAGAGGCCAGGGACCAACAGCAGCAUGGCCACAGAGCCUCACGCUUCAGCUCCACGCUCCUGCCCAGCCCCGUACCCCGAGCCUGAGCUCCCUGAGGAGGAGUAUGAAGAGCGCCAGGACCCUGAGGUAUCCCAACACUCCUACCCCAACCAAGAGGAGGCAGACUUGACAGACAGCCGACCAGCCACGCCCACUACUCCAGACCACGCCCACAGAGACUACCACAGGCACCCGGACAGUCUGGAUGGAGACUCUAGCUCCGACUACGUCAACAAUACAUCUGAUGAAGAAGAGGACGAUUUCGAUGAAGGCCUACCAGAGGAGGAUGAAGGUGUGACGUAUUAUAUCCGCUAUUGCCCUGAGGAUGACAGCUACCUGGAGGGAAUGGACCGUAAUGAGCCUGAGUACGGACACCCGGACGGUCGCAUGGAGCCACCUCCAGAAACAGAUGAGUGCCAGGAAGCGGUUGAGGAAUGGGUGGAGGGAGAGGACGAUGCACAUGGUGAUGAUGGAGAAGUGCGUUGUGAAGUUCUCGAGCAGGACUCUGACCAGCAGCUGUAUGAUGGCAGACCAGAACCUGUCCUCGAUCACCACCCCCAACAACAACAACAACAACUCUAUCCAGAUCCCCAUCAGGAACAGAUUCCACCUCCUGCUGAAGAUCAAGAAGUGCAGGAUGUUGAAGGAAGUGAGGGCUACUGCCCUGAUCAGGAGGAAGAGCCACAGGUCGGGCAAGACAGAGUUGGUUACGCAGGUGACUACUACACCACGGAGGACAAUGGAAACUCUGAGCAUAUGUCACCGUACAGAAGGCAUAAGGGCACAGACGGAGAGACAGGAGAGGAGGCAGAGGAGGAUAUUGAUCAGAUAGUAGCUGAGAUUAAGAUGAGCAUGAGUAUGGGCAGUCUUAGCAGCGGAACUGAUCAGAGUCCAGAGGAACUGCCGCCUGAUCCAGCACCGAGCGGCUUCCAGCCAGAGACACGCUCUAAACCCGAAUCCGCCCCUGCUCCUGCCUCAUACCCUCAGCCUCACCGUCAUGACGGCAGACCCAAAUCCCUCAACAUCCCCCCUGCCAGACACAAUCCUGAGCUCCAGAGGAACUUUAAGGUACGACCUCACACACCAGAGGAGAGACAGAGAUGGACACAGGACCAGGUGAGAGAGCAGGUGUCUAAUAGUGCAGAACAGCCAAGGAGGCAGCAGCGGUCUGAUCUCAAUGGACCACUGGAGAACAACAAUGUCCCUGAGCCGACAAAGAAGACGGCCUCAUUUCCCAGCUUUGUGGAUGUGCCGGGUCCCUGUGAGCCUGAGGAUCUCAUUGAUGGGAUUAUCUUUGCCGCCAACUACCUGGGCUCCACUCAGCUUCUGUCGGAGAGAAAUCCAUCCAAAAACAUCAGGAUGAUGCAAGCCCAGGAGGCAGUGAGCCGGGUCAAGAGGGUACAGAAGGCAGCCAAAAUCAAGAAAAAGGCGAGUCCAGAGGGAGACGUUCAGACUUUGACAGAGGUGGAUCUUUUCAUCUCAACUCAAAGGAUCAAAGUGCUCAAUGCAGACACCCAGGAGACCAUGAUGGAUAAUGCUUUGCGUACCAUCUCAUACAUCGCCGACAUCGGGAACAUUGUGGUUCUGAUGGCAAGACGGCGCAUGCCACGCACCGCCUCACAGGACUGCAUUGAGACGACCCCUGGAGCCCCCGAGGCCAAGAAACAGUACAAAAUGAUAUGCCACGUAUUUGAGUCCGAGGAUGCCCAGCUCAUAGCACAGUCCAUUGGUCAGGCAUUCAGCGUGGCCUACCAGGAAUUCCUCAGAGCCAAUGGAAUCAACCCAGAGGACCUGAGCCAGAAAGAGUACAGCGACAUCAUCAACACACAGGAGAUGUACAAUGAUGACCUCAUCCACUUCUCAAACUCUGACAACUGCAAAGAGUUGCAACUGGAGAAGCAGAAGGGGGAGAUUCUGGGCAUAGUUAUUGUGGAGUCUGGCUGGGGCUCCAUUCUGCCCACCGUCAUCCUGGCAAACAUGAUGAAUGGAGGCCCUGCCGCCCGUUCUGGAAAGCUCAGCAUCGGUGACCAGAUCAUGUCAAUCAACAACACCAGCCUGGUGGGGCUUCCUCUCGCCACCUGUCAGGGAAUCAUCAAGGGUCUGAAGAAUCAGGUGCAGGUGAAGCUAAACAUCGUGAGCUGCCCUCCUGUUACCACAGUUCUCAUUAAGAGACCAGACCUCAAAUACCAGCUGGGUUUCAGUGUGCAGAAUGGCAUUAUCUGUAGUCUUAUGCGAGGAGGGAUCGCAGAGAGAGGAGGUGUGCGGGUCGGUCAUCGUAUUAUUGAGAUAAAUGGCCAAAGUGUUGUGGCCACAGCGCAUGAGAAAAUCGUCCAGGCUCUCUCCAAUUCUGUCGGCGAGAUCCACAUGAAGACUAUGCCAGCUGCCAUGUUUAGACUCUUGACUGGUCAGGAGACUCCUAUGUAUAUAUGAUCUGAGAAGGACUUCUGCUGAGAUACACAACUCUGGGCACUGGGAAAUGUCUGAAUGCAGCAGUCACCUUUCUCCUUUUAUCUUCACCAAAAAUAACUCCCAUCACUCUUGCUGUCUGCUAACGUUACUUAAGAGAUAUGGUGUGUCAUUACUGCAUAGUGUGGAUUCUUUUUGAUUUGCCACGUCUGCCCUUGGGUGUGUGCAUAGUCAGAUGAAAAUGAGUCGAUGCAUCUCAAGUCCUUUCUGCGUAACGAAAGGGGGGCUUUGUACAUUUGAUUUGGAUGCUACUCUGUUUACAUUUAUUUACAAUUACAUACAUGUGGACUUGGUGGAGAGAUGCAAGUUUGUUUUGUAAAUAUGUAAUCGUUAUAUCAAUAUCAGAAAGGAAUGGAAAAGCCAGAGUGAGAAGUCCAGACAGGAGAAGCCCAAAACAUCAAGCGACCAUUCCAGAAUUUUUGUUUCGGUUGUUACUUUUUUUUAUAAAUGUAAUAUAUUGGAUAUUAUACUUGAUCCAGUUGUCAUUGAAUUUGACAUUUUUUCAAAUCAAAUGCACACCGAAUCCGUACACGUCCCUUACAUAUAAAUAACUGAACUUACUGCAGUAAAUGUGGCAAAUAAUUAUGUGGCAUGACACUUUUAAAAAAUAAAUAUGCUCAAUAAGUACAUACAUAAUACAUACUCCAGACUCAUCGUACUUUGAAAGACUGACUAGUAUCAGCAGGGACUUUAUCAACAAAGGAGAAUCGUUUCACAUCGCCAGCCUUCAUUAAUGGAUAAAUGUCAUCUAGUGGGCAUUAAAGACUGAGCAAAUUUUGAGAGUAGUUUCUUUUUUUUUUUACAUACAAGCAAGUGAAUCUUUUGUAAAAUGCCAUAUGUAAACAAUUUCUGGACUUCUCCCAUGCUGUAAUAAUCAAAACAUUCUCUUGCCAUGCUGUAAAUGAAAUUUGUUUCAAACACAAAAGUUUAUUUUUUACGUGUGCUUUUUUGUGUAUGCCCAGCUGCAACUCAUUUGAGUCGGUGGUGAAUGUAAUAGUGUUGUUAAUAGUGUGUCCACUUCCUUAAGCAGUAUUAGAAUGUCUGUACAUAAACGUUUACCUUGUUUAGUACUGUGUCCAUGUAGGAAUCACUGUCAUUCCCAUUGUAUCUUUGUGAGGCUUUGGCCUUAGGAAAAUAAGACACUGUGACCAAAAGCCUUACCACCGCGUAAGAAAGCUUUUGAAAAUUGUAAUAAAAAAAAGAGACAUGAAACAGCCAAUAAUACAUGAACAUGUAUACCUGUCUGCAUGCAUCUUAAAAUGACACUAUGGCAAAAUAACAAUAAAGUGUAAUAUAAGCCCUUCA